AUGCCCGGCGUCGUCAUGGACAAUGUUACUAUUGAUGGAUCUGUACGACGGCCAGGUCUCAAUGAGGCUUCCAAUGGGGGACAUGGCUCGCUGGGGAUCAAUGAAAAACACAGUCAACCACCUGCUUCCAUGAACGGGCCGGUCCAUGUGAAUGGUGUGGGACACGUUGACUCGCUGGUCCAUUUCUCAAAAGCAUCCGUACAGCAGAUCGGACAGAUUAACCCCGCGGCGUUCGAAAUACCCCAUAUUACUCAGGGAUUUUUUCCCUUCGGAACACUGGUCAAUCGAGCAGUGCAGCAGUGCUGGAAUGAUCUCUCUGAAUUGAUUGCCGAAUUGGCAGCAAUACAUGUUCCCACUGAAUCUUCAGCCCUGUCAGCAGCGAAUGGCAAAUCUUCCGGCAAUCAAUCUUCAGAGAAUGUACACAAGAAACUGCGGAUCUUGGAUUUUGCUCACGCCAAAAGAGCCGAGUUCAUAAAGCUCCUGGUCCUUUCACAAUGGAGUCGCCAAGCUGCCGAGGUCAGUCGACUCAUUGAUAUCCAAGGUUUCAUUCGUGCCAGACACCAAGCAUACUCCGAUGCAAUUCAUCAUAUGGGCGAAAUGAAACGGGACCUUGUCCGAGCACAAGUCGCCAACCCGGAUCUGAAGACGGCUUUAGAGGUUCUUUCAAAGGGCCGGGUGGUUUCUCUGCCAGAUUUUGGCUACAAGCCGCCAAAAGCGUUGACUGCGCGAGCAACUCUGAAUAAACUGCACAAGAUUAACCGUAUAAUCAGCGUUCGAUUGACUGCUUACGAACAAGUACCGUAUCCUUUGCGAAGCUAUCACAUCCACGACGGUCGAGUGACCUUCACAGUUGCAGGGGAGUUCAAGCUUGACCUUUCAGUGGCUGAAGAAGCAAAAACCUCACAAUUUUUCUUCGUGGACAUUUGCUUCCUCUUCUCACCGUCUUCGCCUAUUCCAAAGGGGCGAAUCUUCAAUGAACUUGAUGCAAAAAUUAAUGAAAUUCUUCUCAGCAAGGGUUUGACAGGUUGUUUUGAUUUUCUCCACGGGUUAGUCUUGACAAACAAAGUCAAUACUCUCUUCAGACAAGCCACAGACCUUGCACGUGGAUUAUGGUCAGAUGCACUGCGAAUUGAACUACUCCACCGCACACUUGUUAUUCAAUACUGGGUGUCACGGACUGGGCUGAAAAGCUGGAUAGAAAUUGGCGUCCGAAGAGGACAGCAUCGCAUUGGUGCUGAUGACCAUGAUAGCAGCGUUUCACACCUCGGUCUUCGCUGGAUGCGAGAUGGCCAUCAAAUACGCAGCGAUGGUAUCCAGUUCGAUUCCGAUAUGCUCUCCAUAGAGCGUGUUUUGCGGAGUGUAAUCGCAUUACAUACUUCAUAUCUGGUCUCUUUAGCAUUUGGUGCUCUUAAAAAGAACCUUCUGUUUGCCCAUCAUGCACUUUCACUGAGGGCUCAAUUAUCUGCAACAGAGCCCGGGGACAGCUACCUUGAUAUCCAAUUGACGGCAUCCCGACACCUACGAGUCUCUAUUGAACCCUUGUCGGGAGCAAUCAUUCUUUCUGGGACCCCGAUUUCCCUGGAUCGCCUCGAAGUUGACCGUUUUUCAAAUAAACCGGCGAUCGAAGAGCUUCUAUCUCGUGUCACCCGUAUCCGCUGCAUGACUGCUGUGGAUGAAAUAGAAUCGGGCACGAAGGCGCUUGGCUUGGAAAGUGUCAGCCAAAGAGGACUAGGAUUCGAUGUUCGUAAAAUUUUCCCUUCCAACGUGAUCCAAAGGGCCUUUUUUACUCAUCGACUCUGGGAUCGCCGCUGGAUCGCCGCCAUCACGAGUAGCAUGGACGGCGACAACUGGUGGCUCAUUCAACUUCCGCCGCCCAAUGCAACACAUAUAGUGUCGCCUUAUACUAUUACAGAUAACGUUUUCGGUGCCCCAGUAGCGCAUCCUAUUUGUGACGCUCUUAUGGGGGAACAGCGACCUUCCAAUUACACUGCAAGUGCCGAGCUAGUGCAUAGCCUGACGGGAAUGCUGGCUAUCUAUGCCAACGCUCGAUGUUUGGCAGAGUUGCCGGGUAUGAAUUCUUACCCAUCGCUGAAGCAAUUGCGAUUUGGACCUGACCUGCAUGUACCGGAUCUCUUUUUCCGUUACCAAGCAUCAUCUAUACCUGCUGCUUUUCAGCUAGCUCUACCUUCAGGGCUGAAAAAUGGAUCCUAUCUACGGGAUACCAUUCGUUUAUCCUUUCAGGGCAUUGAUCCCCAAAGCCAUUCUAUAGUCCUAGUGGCCUACGGCAGUCUUCGAUUUCGGAUCAAGUCGCUUCUUACCCUCAUCUCCAAAUCAGACCCCUUACUCAUAAUGCAAGAGAAGGGGAGUGGCUUUGGUCUUCGCCUGCUCGUACCGGCUGGGCAUUCUGUCAUCAUCUUCCUUCUUGAGCGAUUGCAACGACUCGAUUGUGUCCUCUUUAUCCUUCAAACUCUCAUCCAGAAGGGUAUGGAGCCUCGGUCUCUCUCACUAUCGCAAAUCGCAUUUUUGUAUGGUCCUGGCAAGCUGCUAUCUGCCCGCUUUAAUAUUGAUGUAUCUGGACCUUCACUUUCGGCCCAUCUUGAUGUCACAUCCGCCUUGUCACAUGGCAGCCCGCUCUUUCGCUUGCGGUUGGGCAUGGUAUUUGAUCACACUAGCCCUCAUCGGCGCAUCCAGGAGGCACUCACAGUUGCUUUGAACCACCGGUUUGCCGAAACAGGGGUUGACUCCAUACUCGGCAUCAUGUCCGAUACAUUUUCACUACUGCAAUGCUUGGAUCAAAUCACCAAUAACAACAAUUCUUCGCCAAUGGAAUCCUCCGUGGUGCAUAUCACUGUCCGUGGCCCUACUGUCUUCCAUCUACAUUAUCCUUCUCUAAAAUCUCGGUUUCGUCUGUCCGCUCGUCCACGGCAGGGCCGCACCGUGUGGGUAUUGGAGGACAAUAACCAAUCUCGAGUAGUUGACCUUGAUCAGGUUGCUGCCGUGGUACGAGAAAUGGUCUAUAACUCUAAGGGUGAUGGAUGGCAAGGCCUCGGGGAUGGUGCAAUAUCCACGGUUGAGAAGGUGGGGGACCUCUUCCUGAAGCUCCACGAGUGCUUAGGUACUUGCCCGCCGCAACCCAUGACGCAGGAGGUGGGAAAUAACCAUGAGCAGCCUGGGUCCACUGGGCAGCAUCUCCAAGACACCUUGGCAAGAUCAUCUGGGAAGCCUGCGAUGGUUUCUCCACAAAAGACCAGUGCAUUAAGCAGCGCAGACAUCAUUACAAUUGACUAG